AUGCACCGCGGCAGCAGGAUGAGAUCUGUCUGGAUCAAAGGAUCUCUCCUGGUCUUCACGGUGGCCACGGCGCUGGUCUACCUGGGAUCCAUCCAGAAGGAGGUCCAUACUCACUCUGAGAGGCUCCAGAGGGCCCACCACAACGACUCCGUCAGGAGCGAGGGAAUGCUCCGGAGGAUGGAGAAGAUGGAGACAGACAUCAACAGGCUACUCAAUCUGAUGAAUAACAUGGAAAAGAAGGACGCGAACAAGGCAGAGGUGAAGAAGGAGAGGAAGGUGGUGAGGAAGCUGUACCCCAACUCCUACCUGUUCAGGAAGUGGGGCGAGGAGCUGUCGGAGGAGGAGCAGAAGGAGGCGGAGCAGCUGUUCCAGAGAUACGGAUACAACGCCUUCCUCAGCGACCGGCUGGCCCUCAACAGAGAGAUCCCCGACACCAGGCCACUCAGGUGUGCUGAGAAGAAGUACCCUGAGGACCUUCCCUCUAUCAGCAUCGUGUUGAUCUACCUGGAUGAAGCUCUUUCCGUCAUCAAAAGGGCCAUACGCAGCAUCAUAGACAAGACGCCAGCUCGCCUUCUGAAGGAAAUCAUUCUGGUGGACGACCACAGCAGCAACGAGGAUUUAAUGGAGAAACUGGAUGAAUAUGUUAGUUCCAUCCACGAGGAGCGUCCAGACCUGGUGAAGAAAGUCCGGCACUCUGAGCAGCUCGGCCUCACCCAGGCCAGGCUGUCGGGAUGGAGGGCUGCUGUGGGCGACGUGGUGGCCAUCUUGGAUGCUCACAUAGAAGUCCAUGUACAAUGGGCAGAGCCGCUGUUAGCUCGGAUUAAAGAGGACCGCACCAUCAUACUGACGCCAGUGUUUGACAAGGUCAAUUUUGACGACUUGACACUAAAUCCCUACCAACCUGCGGCCGAUGCUUUCGACUGGCAGCUGUGGUGCAUGUACGAGUCCUUCAGACCCGAGUGGUACGCCUUAAAGGACGAGACACAACCUGGAAAGAGCCCCUCCAUCAUGGGGAUUCUCGUAGCUGAUCGUAAGUUCUUUGGAGAGAUCGGGAGCCUCGAUGGUGGAAUGAAAAUAUAUGGUGGUGAAAAUGUGGAGCUUGGCAUCCGGGUGUGGCUGUGUGGAGGAAGCAUAGAAGUGAUACCGUGCUCUAAGAUCGCCCACAUCGAGCGGGCCACCAAGCCGUACCUCCCAGACCUGAGCAAGAUGGUGAAGCGUAAUGCCCUGAGAGUGGCCGAGGUGUGGAUGGACGAAUACAAACGCAACGUCAACAUCGCCUGGAACGUUCCCAUUGAGAACCACGGGGUGGACAUCGGGGACGUGUCAGAGAGGAAGAAGCUGAGAGAGAGGCUGAAUUGUAAACCCUUUAAAUGGUAUCUGGAUAACGUUUACCCCAUGCUGGACCCCCUGCAGAACCUGCUGGGCUACGGAGCGCUGAUCAAUGAUCUGAAGCCAGAUCUGUGCAUCGACCAGGGCCCGAUGCCCGGCAGCACGCCGAUCAUCUACGGAUGCCACUACUACACACCUCAGCACUGUUAUUACCGCACCGAUGGACAGCUCUACAUCGGAGGAAUUAAAUCUCACAAGUACAACAGCAACCGCUGCCUGGUGGACUCCGGCGCCGGCGUCUACCCGGGACUCUACGAGUGCAGGGUCGCCAAGCAGAAGAACUUCAGCAUGCUGUGGGACUUCACGCAGAAUGGGCCAAUCCAGAACAGGGAAACAAAGAGAUGUCUGGAAAUUGCGACAGCUGAAGACGGCUACUACAGACUGGUUAUCCAGCGGUGCAGCGGUCAGAGGUGGAAGAUACAAAACCUGAUCAAGGACCACUGAAAGACUAGAAGAUCAUUUAAUGGAGGCAUUACUGCACUAAAACUGCAUCUCAGAGGAAGAGCUAGCUACGGCUUGUCUUGAGUUUACAUUUUGCACUGGACGACUGUCAAACUGUGCAAGCAAGGUUGUGAAAACCUUUAUUUAAUUCUUGUUUUUACUUUAUAUGUUUUUGACGGUUGUAACUGUUUGACAAAAAAAAAAAGAACUACCAUCAAGUGGCGAAUUUCUUUUCUGGGUUCUUGUGA